AUGCACCCGGGGCCAGCGAGGAUGGCCCCGGUGGGGCAGAAGGGGGUCUGCGGGGAGGGUGGUGGGCACAGGGAAGGCGCCUCCGGGGAGGAAGCGGCCGUCUCGCAGCAGAGCGUCGGGAUCCGCCGUCGGCGGAAACGGAGGGAUUUGGGGACGUGGUCGGAGGAGGAGCCUUCCAAGCUCGGUUCCACCUGCAGCGGCAAUGAGUCGGUAAUGUCCUGUCCUAGUUCCUCUCUGGCCCCCCUUGCCCGGCGGAAUUCGCGCUUGUUCGUCGUGGUGAAGGCAUUGCCCUGGUGAUUUUCGAAAUGUUGGCUUUUUUUGCGCUCUGGUUAGCUGCGGUUUACCCAGCGAUUGUCUUUGUGGGUUUCUUUCGCGAGAUCUCGGACCUUGCCCGGUUUGUUAGACUGAUGCACAGUCAUGGUUGCCUCCUCCUGUUUGAUUUCGAUGACUUAUUAGGUUAUCCUGCCGAACGCCUAUAAAAUUUCUUCACCUUCUUCUUUCUGAAAUCAGAUAGUGGUGGAUUGUGAGUGAUUCACAUUACAUUUAAUUUUUAUAUUCAUUUUAUCAUCUCGGAAGGAACCGAUGAGAAAAGUUCAUUGCAUUUUUUCAUCUCGAAAGUGAAAUGGGAGUGGAAACUACCUACACACAUGCGAAGUAUAAUGCGACUUAUUCGCACUUUCUUGAUAUCCCUGCUGAGGAUUUAUGUCUGGAUUCUCGUGCAUCUUUCUUCAGCCUUUCUUAUUAUUGUUGGGGGCCUCUGUUUUGGAUGUAUGGUGAAGAACAGCUUAGUAUGUAAUCUAUCCUUCAGAAGAAGCCUGUAGAGCAAUUCCCGUUGUAUUGUUCUGUUCUUCUAUCCGUUCCCUUCCCUUUCCAUUUGUUAAUUUGGACCUUGGUAGUUUCUUAACGAUGUCACUGCACUAGCUUCCUAGAGUUUCCAAUGAAACGCAGAUGAAUAAUUUCCAAGGGAAGAUUCUAUUGGCUGAUGUAUAAUAGCUAUCUUAUGAAAACUUUUGGAGUUGUUAAAACUAUUUCUUCGAUGAUUAAAAAUUGGUCUGUAGACGAAAACAUGUUCCUGAUUACCCAUAUCUCCAGAUAGUGGAUAGGAAACCGAGAUUAAUUAGGACUUGUAAAAGAUGACUUUUGGUGGGUCAUUGAUCUAUAAAUUGCUGAAACUUGACAGUUAUUUUGACGGAAAACUCAAUCGGAUUUUGCAUGGAGCUUAAGUUUCAUCCAUGAUUCUAUAGAAUCUGGGUGUGUUUCUCUGAAAGUAGAAACUUUUCAAAUAAUGUUACCUUUUCAUUCAAUGAAUGCGGAAAGAACACCCUGGCCAACCUCGGGACUAAAAAAUCUCCCUUAACGAUUGGAAUUAUAAAUACUCUGGCUAUUUUACUUAAUACUAUUUAAUUGAAGUUUCAUUAAGUUUCGGAUUCGAAUUUUAUUGAUACAAAGUUUUUCUUUUGGGGAAAAAUAGCUUUGUUCUUCUAUACAUGAAUUGUCUGUUUGAAUGCCUGUAAACGUGCAUUUUACAAGCCCCUGCUACUCUAUAUAUGGGGGGUAAAGGUAAUAGGUGAGACAUGUGAGAUCAUGAUUGAAGUUGCAGGCUCUUUUCUGGACCUAUGAGACUUAUGAGAUAGGUGAAUUUUCUAUUUUCGUCAAUUUUCCAUAUAUUAAGCCCUUUCCUCUUGACCCUUUUAUAUUUAAUCCUUUCUCGGUUAUUAUUAUUAUUAUUAUUAUUAUUAUUAUUAUUAUUAUUAUUAUUAUUAUUAUUAAUGUUAUAACUGCUACUCAUUGUCCAUGUGCUGUUGAUUCCUCGUAUUUCUGUGUUUGGAUAUCCUUCAAAUCUCUGUAGCAACCAUGCCUGGAGAUGCCUCGCUAGCGUAUGGUCAAUGAGUGACUCUAUCGUUAAAUUUGGAAUCUUCUCCAAUUUCUUGCUUUGGAUGUAAAGACGUGGAACUUCCCUUACGUAUUGUUUAUUUUUUUGUGAAGCUUGAUUUCAAAGAUUAUAGGCAUUAGAUGCUUGGAGUAUCUUUCCAAGUUUCGACAAUCAAGAUUAAAAAUGAGCGUAAAAGUUAUCCUGUCUUUUUUGCUUUGUGGAGGCUUAUAGCAUCAUAAUUUAGCCAAUUUUUUUCUGGGUCGCUAAUAAUGUAUCUUCGUGAUGGUGGAUGGCAUCAUAGUUGUGACUUGUUCAUCUGGAGCAAGGCUUACCUAGUUGAAUGGUUAAUGUUCACCCUAGAAAAUUUCUUAUUCUAAUUCCGCCUCUAUUGCUGUUUAUCAUCAAGCAUCAUUUCUUGAACGGUUAAUUGAAUGACUUUAAGUCAAAGUAACAUCUCAUGUGCAUUUCCGAUUUGCUAGAUCUAUUUUAUGGAUGAUAUGAACAAAAUUCCAAAGCUAAAUGGCUUCUAUUAAUGCAAGAAAUGGUUGCAGGAUUGUGGAUAAACUUAACCAUCAGAAGUUACGAGAAUUGAAGCUUUUGGUAAAAUGGGAUUGCUGACCAUGCUUAUACAUUUGUCUGUAAGGUAGGUAAAAUUCUCAUCUAAGUGCCUUGGUCUCCCAUUAUCCUUUGGGGAAUAAGACCACAGUAGUGGAGUGAAUCAACUUAAAAGUUUUGACUCUGCAUUUGAAAAAUCGAAAGUAAAACUCUUUUUGGUUGAAGGGAGAUGGACUCUUGAAAAGAGUGUUCCAUCUACUGUCACAUCAAUCUUGAAACAAGCUCUUUUGGACUUUGGCAGUUAGUAAUUCAAACAGAGCCCACCUAAGGAAGUGGGGUACAGUGUGCAGACCAAUAAAAAAGUAAGUCUAGUUAAUUGUCUUACUCAGCAAGGCAUUUCCUGCCAAAUGGUGAUGGACGACAGGAGAGAGCAACUACUUACGAGUUGACAUUGGCGGAGAGAUGAUGUUCGCUCCUACUGAGUAGCUCUUGAGUUUCUCCAACAUGGAAAUAAAAUUCCGAAGUAACAGAAGUCUUUAUGACUUAUAUUUGUUAUCAAAUGGUUAAUAGGAGGAUACUCAAAUUUGUGGGGAUAUUAAAUUCUUUUUUUGGAAAUUUUAGCAGCUGUAAAAUGCAUUUUGAGACAAGAAAAAACACACGGGGGCUAUUUAUCAGAAAAACUAAAGAGAACAAUAUUACUGAUUGUGUCAUGCUUGUUAAAAUCCUUCAUCAUACUACAGCGAGAGGCGUCCAAAAUGGCAACAGAUGUUGGAGAUGAAUAGAAAUUGAGUACUGAUCGUUAGAUCCCUUAAAAAACUUUUUGGUGAUAGUAGGAAGUAGAUCUUCCUGAUGUUGAGGUUAGAGAGAGUUUUGUCCUUGAAAGGUAAAUUUUUUUCUUAUGAAAUUGGACUCUGUGAGUUAAAUGAGAUGGAUAGUUUGUCAUAUUCAAUGUAUAAUUACUUACAUGUUUCUGGUAUCUUAUGGGUUCAUAAGUGCAAUUUACUUCUUAGAUCCCUCUUUGUCCCAUUUUCUUUUUGUUUUACUAUGCCCCAUGCAGAUAUUUCUUAAAAUCUCGCUUUAUCUGGUUUUGUAUUCUGGUGUAGGCUGCUCGCCUUUGCACUGAUGAAUGGCUUAAUGUCUUCUAUUGACAUGCAUAGGUCUUUUUUCUUUCUAUACUGCAGUUCUUAAUGCUACUAUCAUUUCCCAAUUGCAUAACCAUACAACUAACUUGUCAAUAUUCUGGGUCAAACACGGCAAUGUCAUGUAAAAGCAUGUGUCCUGGCUGUUCCCUGAAGGAAGUAUUCUAUUUAGAGAAAAAAAUAUCUGUGAACCCUGUCUGAAGUUUCAUCCUGGUUGCUACUCUUUUGAGGAUUCCACUGCAAAUUGGCUUGAAUAAUGGGCAAAAGAUUUCUGCCUACUUAGGAAGCAUGCAUUCUGUAAACUUUGCUCUGCGUAGCAGGCAUGCCUCUUUAGCUGUAUAUUCAGCAAUAUAGCAACAGAAAAAUGAUCUGCUUUGUUUUUACAUAAGGUGGAAGACUGAUGGCUAUCUGUUUGUUCUUCUUUUGGGCGGGUUGUGACUAUAACAAUGACUGUUCAGCUGAGAAUAUGAUCGAUUACUAUUUUCUCCACUUAUCUAGCAAAAUUCUAUGUAUGUGCAACAGGAUUCACCCAAAAUAUCUUUGGAUCCGUUGCUUACGGUCAUUCAUUUCUGUAAAUAAUUACCUCAUGGCAUUAAUGAGUCUGCGAUGUUCUGAAGAAAGUUCGUGUGAGUCUAAUCAUUUUUUUGAGCUGCUUUUAUCCUCAUAUUUUGUCUUUGAACAUUACAGACAGAUUGUGAGCCUAAACGUCUUAAAGUUGGUGUUUCAAGAGAUGAAAAUGGGGAGUCAAAGCUUGAGGUUGAAACAAGUUCAGGCGUUUGUAACAAGUUGCCUGGUCAAUGUGCCCAAACUUCUGAGGCGUCCAAGCAAGAUUACAUCCAUGUCAGAGCAAGAAGAGGGCAAGCCACUGACAGCCACAGCCUUGCAGAGCGAGUAUGCCAGAUUUUUUUUCUUGUUAAUAUUGAUACCUCACAUUAUUUUCUGCCAAUAUCCUGCGUUACAGCAUUGUUGAACAGCGUGCAAAAGGUAUAAAACUUGGAUUUGAGCUCCUUAAUUAUCUAUGAUUAGGAGAAUGGCAGUUGUCUCCUGAUAUUGUUAGUUCCGCUAAUUAUUCAAUGUUUUAAGGAAAUCAGCUUGGUCACUUUUUUUUUUUUUUGAAAAGAUUUACAUAGUUUUAGUGGCGAAAAUGCACGGGUUCUUUUACUGGAAGAAUAUGGAUCCAUCACAAAUUUAUUUCGUGUUCUAACAUACAUUAUUUCGUUGAUUCAAGGGUAGAGUAUUCAAUCGAUGUAUUCGAGGUGAUCUGUGUGGUGGUUAUGUUUAUUUAUUUAUAUUUAUUAUUCAUUGGUAUGAACAUUAGUGAUAUAUGGAUCCUUCACAAUGAAUCCCAUACUUGCAUCAUGUUUCCGUACUGGAUAAUCUUCAAUCAUCAUUCUGAGUCAAUGGCAUCUAUCUCGGAUGGUUUGGAACACACACACACACUCACACACACACACACACACACACACACCCUGCAUUCCCCGGAAUAUCUUGGUAUAUUUGCCUUUAAUAUUAUAGAAUUAAAACGUAUUAAUUAAAUAGUUGACCUGUAGAACUUGUUUAGAGAUCAAGCACUUCUUUUGAACUGGUCAAACUCUGUGUUGAUACCCAUCACAAACAAGUUGACUGAAAUUGACUACACAUCGAUUAUAUCUAAGGCUGUUCUCUAGAGAGGGAGAGAGGGGCUUGAGAAGCAGGUGAAGUAGUAAAAGAGACUGCAUCUCUCACUCUAAUAAUCCUCAUUCUAUAAAAAAUAAAACGCUCAUUAUAAUCCAGAUGAUAUCUAUUUUUUGUUAUGCAUGAUGGGGAUGGACAUUGAUGCAAUCUAUUUAGUCCACCUAGUUUUCAUGUCGUAUUGGGCUAAGUUUCUUCCUUAAUACGGCAUCAUAAACUUACAUGAUUUCCUGCUGGACUUCCGCUCAUUCAUCAGGCUAGAAGGGAAAAGAUCAGUGAGAGGAUGAAGAUUCUUCAGGACCUGGUGCCCGGCUGUAACAAGGUAGAGCAACUAUCAUGUUCUUCACCACCGGGGGAGAUCGAGCUCCUGUUUCUGUUUCAUGAAUCUCUUUCUUCUCACUGAAUUGCUCGUUGAAAGGUUAUUGGCAAAGCAUCUGUGCUCGAUGAGAUAAUCAACUACAUCCAAUCACUGCAGUGCCAGGUUGAGGUAGGCUCCAGGGCUGUGUUUUCCUGAAUUAGCCAUGAAUCUCUUCUGUUAUUGUAAUUUCUUCCCUGUUCUUGUUGCGAUUCCAGUUCCUUUCCAUGAAGCUCGAAGCAGUGAACUCGAGGAUGAACACUGGCGGUGAAGGGUUCCCUGCUAAAGAUGUAAGGGCCUCUUGCUAAUGUUCUAAUCACACUUUUCAUUUAAGUGAAGUCUUUCUGCGUCAGAUCCGAGAAAUAAAAAAUAAAAAUAAAAAUCAGAAGAAGAAGAAAACCAUGGAUAAAACGCACACAGAUCCAUUCGUUUUGAGAAAAAAAUGAAGAUUUUUUUUUUUUUUCUUUUUCGCUUGUACCCAGGAGUUAGAAACUGUGGCUGAGCACAUGAACCCUAGCAGCCUGUUCACAGCCGUUGACUUUAUAAGCCAUGAGAAACAAAAAACGAUUGUCUUUGAAUAAAUAAUAAAUAGUCUUCCAUCCGUUGUGAUUCCAACCAGUCCUGAAAGCACCAGCCAACCAGUCAACAUACCCGUCUGAGAUAUGAAGAAGGGGGAGAUCAUUCUUCAAUCCUGAUUGAUCUUUUUUAUUUUUUUCUUAUGAAAUGUCUCCUACUCCCUCCCCCCUCCCCUCGUUGACCUCCCCAGUUCGGCGUCCAAGCAUUCGAGCCCUCCUCCAGGUCAGCGGGAUUCGUGGGGCAGCCGCCGACCAGGGAGUUCGUGGGUCAGGAGCCGCCGCAGGAGUGGCUCCACAUGCAGGUUGGCUGCGGGUUCGAGAGGGCGGCGUGA